AUGGCCUCAGAGGCAACUCCCUAUGGAGCAGGAAUGACCCAUCCUGAUGAAGCUGAAAGCAGGGCCUCGGACCCUUUUGAAGUAAACCUUCAGACUUGGGGAUGCUUUGACGAAGAAGGAAGUUUUGCCACCCCAAAAAUUUUCCUGUCCUACCAGAUGGGUUAUAAAGGUUUUACUUACUCCCCCCCCCUCCGUGAGUGAACAAAACCAUUAGAAAAAUCGCUAUUUUUUGCCCAAAAACCCACCCUCCGUGAGUGAACAAAAAUUUUUUUAAUAGAAAAAUUUUUAUGGAAAAAAAUUUUGAUAUAUAAAUGAUAA